CUCAGUAUUGUACUCUUUACUAUCUGGAGUCAUAAAAAUGUCAUUGGAAUUAUGAACUGCUACGCGUCUUAUCUUGGGUGUGAUAAAGCCCCACUGAUUUCCGCCCUAGCAAUAAUCACUUGCGCAGAUUUUGAAAAGUAUUUAAGUUAUUGGCAGCGCAGAUUCGGCCACUUUCAACGAAACACAGGAGUACAUGAGAAUGGGAACAAGUAGCCACAGAUUAAGAGGAAGAAAUAACACCUUAUGUAUCAUAUUAGCAGUUCUGAUCAUUGGAACUUCGGCACAAACAUGUGACCAACCCUUGGGUCUUCAGGACAAGAGAAUCAAAUCAUCUCAAAUUACAGUGUCGUCAACUGCGGCGAACAGCGACAAGGAGUAUGUGAGAUUUGGUUGCUGUGAUGGCAUGACCAUCGGAGGAUGGUGCCCGGCCACCGCGGCGCAAGGCGAGUGGGUGCAGGUCAAUUUCGACACCCCUACCCUGAUAACAGCCAUACAGAUCUCCCAUCCAGCUACAGUGGACAACACCAGAUACCCAACCGACUACUUGAAAACCUACAGCAUUAAGUAUGCGGUACCAGGCAGUAAUGGUACUUUGACGGAUCUUCUCGAGGGCAAUCAACCAGCGAUUGUCGAGGGAACGUUUAACAGGUCACUCGCCUAUAAAACUGACAUCGGGUACCUCACGGUGGACAGUAUCCGCAUUCAGGUGGUGUCCUUUGAGCAGCAGCCGUGUUUCAGGAUGGAACUCUUCGGAUGUGAUCCAUAUGACAUAUGCCCACUUGGAUGUGAAAACGGAGGAUAUUGCAACGGACCCAAUAGGUGUCAAUGUCCGUUUGGUUUCUACGGAGAUAGAUGCGAACACUCUAGUCUUAACUGUAAUACUGCACUCGGGAUGGGAGACGGUAGUAUUCGCUUGAACCAAAUCACGGCCUCGUCAACAGCAGCUGACAGCAGACUUGAAUACGCCCGUUAUGGCUGCUGUGACAACGCAGGUACACCUGUAGGGGGUUGGUGCCCAGCUACGAAUGCUAAAACUGAGUAUUUACAAGUAGCAUUAGACAAACCGAUGCGUAUAUCGGCUAUCGGCUCAAGACAUCCAGGCAGGGACGACCAGUCGACCUACCAGACUACGUAUCUGAAAUCGUACAGAGUUCGGUACCAUGUGCCACAGACGGCAAUGUGGAAGUAUUAUGGCGACUAUCGAGGAGCCGCGGUAUUUCCUGCGGCUUACAACGACAGUCUUUCAUACACUAUCGGGAUAACUCCUUUUGUAACAGACAGAAUUCAACUGUACGUGGAAGAUUUUAAAAACAGACCCUGUUCCCAGUUUGAAUUUUUUGGAUGCGACCCCACAAAUCUAUGCUCUGUGCCAUGCAAAAACGGCGGAUCAUGCAAAGGGCCCAACCAGUGUAGCUGCCCUAAAGGUUUCGGAGGUGCUCAGUGCCAGCUGACACCAUCUACUGUCGUCACCCAAAAAUGUGUGUUCCAGAACAUCAUCGGCACCACUCUGGUAUCAACAUCCUUCAACCUGACGGUGAUAGGCAACCCAGUUCUCCUUGGCAAUACGCUGCAGCUGAACGGCCAAAACCAAGCUAUCCAGAUGCCUAGAAAGAGCCGGGAGUGCCUGGGCAAUCUUAACCGCUGUACGACUGGUCUCACCAUAGGCUUAAACGUUAAAUUCCAAACCCUUACCCCGAACGCCGUAAUCAUAUCUAGCGCAGAUCUGACCAACCCUGCUUCAAAUGGUAUCACCUUGCUCACCGUUAGCAAUGGCCUCAGCCUGAAUGUCCGCACGAGCAGCCUUGAUUGCACGGCCAAUAGCCAGCCCAAUAUCCUCACAGUAAACCAAGAAGUCAAAUUGGAAGUUUCUUUCGAUCAACAGACCGGUGUUCAGCUCUACAUGAACAAUCGCGUCGUGGCAGAAACCAAAGCCUCCGAGUGCCAGACUCGCCGGAACCUGAACCCUGUCAGCCAGCCCAUCACCAUUGGUGGCCCUGUGACCCCAAGCGGAGCGUAUGCCACCAUUGAAGUGCGAGGUCUGACCUACUGGUACGUCUCGCGCCCCAACCUGGUCAACAUUGGUCUAAUAAACGACACAGCGAAGGGGAACCUAUCAACGACAACUACCUCGCCAAUUACCACCGAACACACUUUAACUCAGGAAUAUGACCUCACGACACUUGUCGUUCCCACGGGUACUACGUUUAUUGCUGCCACGCAAGACGUUCAUGUCACCACUCAAGCGAUUGUCGCACCUGACACCAAUGACACAAAAGGACCAGAUGCCACCACCGAAGCGGUUGGCACACCAGAAACCAAUGUCACACAGGGACUAGAUUUCACAUCUGAUGCUGUUAAAAAGACUACACCAAAACCCACCCCACCCCAAUCACCCCCAACGGUAAACCCAAAUAGCAACAGCACAACGACAUUACCUUCAACCUCCACCUCAGUUAUUCGUAGCACACCGAUACCCAAAAGUCCUCCUACUUUAGAACCAAAGACCAAUGGCACAGCCACCCCAACAACCCCGUUUACGUUAAACCCAAAGAGCACCCCAAAGUAUAAAACUCCCCCAACUUCAGAUCCAAAGACUAAUAGUUCAUCCACACCAAAAAAUCCAUCAACAACAUUCUUAAGUAUUGGUAGUGAAACACCUACACCCGCAAGUCCCGCUACGUCCGAUCCUAAAUUCAACACCACAUCUAUUCCAAAAUUCCCUUCGACGACUGCCCAGAAAACCAGCAACACGCCAAAGGUCAUAACUCCUCCAACUUCAGACCCCAAAACCAAUAGCACAACCACUCUCAAAUUCCCAUCAACAUCAGAUCCGAAGGGCAGUGUAACACCGACGAUGAAAUUUCCUCCUACCUCAGUUCCAAAAUUCAAUACCUCAACUACUUUUAAAGUGCCCUUAAGAUCCGAUCCAAAUGGCAGUACAACGCCAGUACCCAAAAUCCCUCCUACGUCAGACCUAAAAUCCAACAGCACAACCACGUUAAAAUAUCCGCCAACAUCAGAUUCGAGUAGCAAAACUACGCCAUCACCGAAAAUCCCUCCUAUUUCAGACUCAAAAACUACUUUAAAAUUUCCGUCCACAUCUAACCCGAAGAUCAGCAGUACGCCCACAGCCGCGGUUCCUCCCACUUCACAUUCCACCAGCACUCCCAUACUUAAAACACCAUCAACCAUGGGUCCGAAAUUCAGCGUUACACCCACUCAAAAAACACCGAAUCCACUGAAACCAACAAGUCUUAUAGUUUCCGUGCCACCUGUCAAGGAAAAUGCUACUUCACCAUCUGAAAGGAAUGUUACCUUGGGUGAAAAUACCCAAACAGUGGACGUAACGACAUCAUCUUAUCAAGAGAAGGCGACAGCGACACCAACUGUAGAAAUGCCUGAUUAUAACAAUACGCAAGAGGAACUCGUAACAAUGCCAACCAGUUCUUUUCAUGAAACUACAGAGUUGGAAAGAACGACACGUUUUGCUGAAGUUUCUGAACCCAAAGUAACAGGCGAGGUGGAUAUUACAACACAAGAUAUUCUUGUAAGUCAGACAGUUUCUGAAGAAAGCACCCCAGUUGCAGACAAAACUGGUCCAGUGACCCCAACAACUAGUUUUGUUACAAAGAGCAGCGACAAAACCACAAAAAAUUCACUGAAAAUAACAACUACCAAAACAUCAACAUCUCCAUUCAAGCUUGAAUACACAACCGUGCCAUUUGUCACAAAGCCUGAAACCACCGAGGAAGAAAAAAUGCCCACAGCGCCAUAUCUUUUCAACACAACAGCAACUCAAACUGUUAAAAUACCUACUCAUAAUUAUACACAAGAAGAGCUCGUGACAGUGCCAACUAGAUCUGACAGUGAAACAACCCUAGAAGCAACAAAAGAGGUUGUUGAAGUAACUGUGUCGGACAAAACUAGUAAGGUAACAUCAAGCUCCAAAAUGCCUCCAACUCUAAACCCAAAAACCACUUCACACAAAAUACCAGAAACAACAAUAACCCCAAGGGAAAGCAGCAAGUCUACACAAAAACCAUUAAAUCCACUAAAACCGACAACUGGAACAAAUAAACCACCAACAGGCAAAGGGAAUAUCACUUUGCCUGCUGAGCAGAAUGUAACGAUGGUCAAAACUACCGGAAUGGAGGGAGCGUCAACACCAUCUUUUCAAGUUAACUUCACCCAAGCCAUAGGUGUUACAACCCCAGCUGUUAAACCAACCACGGCCAUUGACAAAACCGAUAAGCUAACAUCGACCACCAUAUCGUCAACGCCCGUGUCCACAAAGAACACGGAAAAAUCAACUGCGACGCCAUACAAGCUUAAAACCACCACUGUUAAGUCAACGGGCGUUCUACAAAAUGCCACAAUGCCACUCCAAACUGUGAAGACUACUGAAAAGACAACUGUAGUAGAAUAUCAGACAACAGCCAUAUUUCUUUCCACAUCAACUCCUAAAGACGCCAAAAGCUCGACUUCAAAUCCAAACAGCUUGCAUUCGACAGAAUCGUCCACACCCGCUCUGCCAAAAACUAAGCUCCCCCUACAAACUACUGAAAGCACAAAGGUAUUGCACACAACGACUGCACGCUUAGAACUUAGCACGCACACGGUGAAGGACGUUUCUGAUUCUGUCACAACCGCUUUAAAGAAAACCACACCUAUUUCAGAGACUUCCAGUCAGGGUACUGUCUCUGGUAGUACCCCUGCUACUACAUUAAAUGUUACUAAAACAGACUCUCCUUUCCAUAAAACAGAUACGCCAGAAAGCACAACCAUGCCAACGGAGAGACCUGUCACAACUACCACAACUAAACCAACCACUGUGAAUCCUCUGAAAACUAUCUUCGUUGACUUCAACACCUUGGUAACCGACAAGAUCUUAACGACCACCGACUUCAAUGCACAACUGACCGGAACACCAUUGGUAGAUAAUACUACGGAUAAGGGACCAGCCAUUAAACUGACGACUGAUACCGUCUGCAUUAAUAUGGGCCGUCCGUCCACGUGCCUUGGAGAUGUGGAAAACUGCACCGAAGGAUUGACCAUCUCUUUUCAAAUAAAAUGUGAACAGCUGGCAGAGAACACCUAUAUCCUAUCUUCCGGCGGUGAGCUUCCAGACAGUUACGGCGUGGCAGUGGUGUACAGAUUUGGCCGUAUGCAGUUCAUGUUGACAACCAGUGACAGUAGCUGGUUUGGAUCCGCCCCACUUUCUACCCAGUGUCAAUGGUCUCGAUAUGACCUUACAUGGAAGAACGACACCGGCCUUGCGGUGUACCAGAACGAGAUUUUGGUGGCGGAACAGAAACAACCAACUCCCCGAGGACAGGGUUCUUAUGAGAGGGAGCCGAUUUCCAUCGGAUGUUCAAGCAACCCGAAAAAUACAACAAAGCCCAAAAGUGUGUGGAUGAAGAAUUUGAAUUUCUGGCUAACAACCAGAACUAUCCUUGUCAGAGAGGGUAUCAUAGCGUGCCACAGCCAUCAUUUCUUUGUCCUUUUAGUCACCACAAUUCCACCUAGCACGACUUCUACCACAACCAAGCCAACUACAACCACCACACCGGAGCCCACUACAACCACUCCGUGGCUGAAAACAAGUCCAGGGACCUGUCCGGCUGGCUGUCAACCAAUAGGAACAACCGGUUUUCCAACCCUUCCCAAAUCUCCAACUUUAGACGCUACUGACAGUAAGGCACCCAAAAUGCUCUUUUACUGCAACAUUCCUCGAACCAGUGAAGCAAACGUCAAUUACUUUGUGGAGUGGUAUGUCAACGGAAAAGUAGUGAAGAACGAAUGGGUUCAGAGUACUGUGGACAGAGCCGUAUUGGACCCAGUCGCUGACAAACAGUUCUGCUUUGGACAAGGAGUCUAUUGCUCAGUGAGGGCCAGGUACACCGGGGUCUGCAGUGGGCCCAUUAGUCCACCGCUUUACAGCAACCGAUUCGUUCCAAGCAUUAAGUUAGUUACCCAGGGCACCAUUAAGCUGCGUGAGGGCGGCGAAGAGAAGAACAUUGUGCUGCAGACCAACGCUCCUCCUUACCUCCUCUGUGACAGAACUGCAUCUAUUCCCGGGGACAAGAUGUGCUCAGUUUCCAUAGAAACGGGGCUUAUGCAGUCCACGAGGGACUUGAGGUGCGGUGACAGGAAAACUCACAUCUCACAGGCUGUGUUUAGGUGGCUAGGAGGCAAUUCAGCAGCAGCCGCAUAUUGUGGCCUUGAUGUAAGCGGGACUAAGUGGAGUGAGAACAUCGUAAUACCAGUAAAAGCCAAGGCCGAUGGAAGAUACGAUUAUAAGCAGGAGAGACUCGUUACAGUGGCUCUGAAAACUGUUUGUGGACAGAAAAUUGCCCAAAAAGUACUGACAACAGAGACAAAACUUAAGGUUGAGGUCACUGACGGAGACAGAAGAGCCGCUUGCAGUUCCACUAAUGACCCUCACAUGAGCACCUUUGAUAGAAGGAGAUACAACAACUUCUAUGAGGGAGAGUUUGUUUUGUACAGGCACAAGGAACUGCCAUAUGCCGUUCACGCAUUCUACAAAAAGUGCCACAGAGCAACCUGUAACUGUGGAGUGGGCGUGAAAUCUGGAGAUGACGUCAUCAUGAUUGAUAGGUGCCAAGGUUUAAAGACCAAACGCACUAAGAAAAGUAAGAAAAGUAAACGUAGUAAAUACAGUAGAGGAACUACAUACCCGGUGCAAGUGAACAUCUACAAGAACGGCGAGCUGACUCCUGGUACACGAAUCUUUUCAACCAAUAGGGGACAAAGUUAUGAGAUUCACAUGCCCCAUGGCACAUAUGUGACAGUACAGAUCCACGGUUCCAUGUACAUCAACAUUGUUGUCACACCCUCAGCGUCCGAUUUUCAGAGAGUAGAAGGUCUGUGUGGAAACUACGAUGGCAGUAGCAGAAAUGAUUUGGUAAAGAGGGACGGCAGCACGGAAAAUACCAGAUCUAUUUAUCCAAAUGAUUUCUCAAAGAGCUGGAGGGUACUCGCAGGCGAGAGCAUAUACACCGGCGUAGCGGCUACCAGAGCCAAGGGUCAAAACAAUGGAGCCAUAUACUGCGACUGUAUCUUGGGCUUGGCCCCUCGCUGUGGUUAUAGCUUCGACAUUGAAACCUGCGAUGUACGCACUAGAGGUACCGAAGUGACCCGGACAUUCUUAAGGAACGCCAAGCCAGCUCGUCCAGCUAGAUACAGAGGGAAGAGACAGGCCGUGGAGAACGCUCCACAGAUCGACUAUCCAACACCACCGACGUUUGAUCUGACCUUCAACCCAGAUCCUCCAAGUUGGCCUGCCGCUGGAAUGACAGAACAAGAGGCGACGGAAUUCUGCAAGGCAGAGAUCGCAGAUAAUGCUUUUGCAGCUAAAUGCAACUUACUGACGGAGAAGAACAGCACUGAAGACGUUGAGGAUUGUGUCUCGGAUAUUUUGGCCACUAACAGCACAGAUUACGUGGCGCAACAGCAGGAGGCCAUAAAGGGCCAGUGCAUGACGGAGCUUCAAAGAGACAGUGCCCUUUCCGGAGACAACCCGAACCCUGGGAACCUCAGCAUAAAUGUAACUGAGUUGACCGAAAACCUCUGUCCCGGAAACUGCAGCGGCAAUGGAACCUGCGUGGAAGGCCAGUGUCAGUGUAAUUCUGGACUUGGCGGUGCCGACUGUUCGACAGAUCUUGACGCUCCUCCAUUGGUGGCAGGCAUUCCAGGCGAUGGACUGUGUGACGUCAGGACAGGCACUUGCAACAGCAGUGAAGUCUAUGGAGAGAGUUUCGUUGAUUCUGACACGCUGAAAUGUAUGGUUCAGGAAGUGCAGGUCACCGAAACGGACACCAACGUAGUAGGAGAGAUCGAGGUCGUGGCAGCCACUUUCCUCAAUACGUACAUGGUAAACUGUCAACUGCCAAAGAUUGCAAGUUAUCAUAUACAGAUUAGUAACUAUGGACUAAACCCAAGUGUGGACAAGGUGUUGUUUCUACCUUACAAUGGCAUCUGUCAUACAUGUGACGUCGUCACGAAUGACACAACUGCAGCAACUUGUAAACGUAAUGAUUUAUCCUGCAUCAUAGACGGCGAGUGCUACGCCCCAGAUGACAUCAACCCUGACGACGAAUGUAUGUUGUGUAGACCGGAAUCACCCGAUUUCUGGUCCGUCGAUCUGGCUUGCCGUAAGAGGAAAGCAGCCGGUAAUUCAGCAGAAGGGGGGCUCACCAAGGUUGACAUCGGCGUGAUUGCUGCAGCCGCUGGUUUCAUUGUUGCCGUCAUGAUCAUUGGGUUUACCUACCUUUGGUGCCGAAAAAACGCCCAAAUGAAGCAAAAGAAAUCGGCCUACGAGCAAUCAAUCCACCGUUCUGAAGAGCCGAGUCACGUGUACGAAAACAAAUCCUAUGGUCACUUGACACCAGAAGGGGGUUCUCACACAGGACGGUACGAUUUCGUACCGGAUGGCCCUGGCGAAGAACCGUGCAAAUUGAUAAGAAAAAAUCAAAUCAAGAAAAUAUGAGAAGUCAAAGACGCGUAUCAUUGAAAUCUCAGAAAGAAGAAAUGCAAGUCUCGUUUGAAAAGUCAAAUAAAUUUUAUUAAGGUCGUUGAAAAGACUCAAUAUUGUUACCAGUUUUAAAAGAAACAGUCUAUUUUAUACUCGAAAGUUGUUUAUGAUUAUGAAUAUAAUUGUAUCGAUCUAUGCAGACUGCUGUGUUCCAUAUUAAGUAAUGUCAAUAUUACAUGACUCGGACGACGUAAUAUCAUUGAAUAUUAACUUUGGUUGUGUACUCGUGUUCGUCUAUACAGUGUAAUAUUAUUACAUUGGGUUUACUAAUAUUAGACAUUCAUUUAGCUGAGUGCAUUUUGAUGACAUAUUUAUACAUUUACGAAAUACAUGUAUUUUGGAAUAGAAGUAGUCUAUCGUUUGGUUCC